GAUUGUUUACUCUCUCUGCUUUGGUUUUCUUGACUAUAAAAUGGGGGCAGAAAGCUGGGUAUUGUGGGACACCCUGUAGUUCCAGCUAUUCCGGAGGCUUAGGCAGGAGGGUUUCUUGAGUCUGGGAGUUUGGGGCCAGUGUGGGCAACAUAGCAAGACCCCAUCUGUUUAAAAAAAGGAAAAGGAAAAAAAAAAAAAAAAGCUGGGGCCUAACUCUGUAUUAGGACUCCUGCUUAGUGUGCAUGAGGCUCUGAGUUUAAUCCCUAGCACUACACACACACAUAAAGUGAGGAUAGUAGUAAUACUUUACUACUGUAUACUUUAUUACUGUAAAGUAUUACUGGGUUGCUGUAAUGAUUUAAAUCAAUUAAUGUAAACAUUUAUUUAGAAUAGUGCCUGACAUAUAGUAACUGCCAUAUCGUUAACAUUGUUACUUUAUAAAGUUAGGUAUUAAGUAGCAGAACUAGGGUGAAUGACAAGUCACUUAAUAAGGGUUGGCUUGAAUGUCCAUUCAGCCUAAAUGCAGUGAUACUGUGGCCUACAGAAUAAAUUUACAUCUUUCAAAUACUUUGAAAAGACUUGUAGAAGCUUUGGAUAGUAUUAGGGUAGCACAACUUUCCUCUUUUAAUAAGGAAGGAUGUCUCUCUGAUAUGCCAAUGCAAACACACAAUAAGGUGGGUAGGGAACAAUAGGAGUUAGUUGGAUUAGACAAAGAGAAUGAAGGGAAGGAAGGGGUAUGGGAAUAAGAAAGAAUAAAUCAGAUAUCAUUGUCUAUGUCCAUUAUGAGUAUAUGACCAGUGUAACUCCACAUUAUGUACAACCACAGAAUGGGAUCCUAAUAAGUUAUACUACAUGUGUGUGUAGUAGGCAAGAUAAACUCUACUAUCAUGUAUAUUUUAAAAAAACAAGUAAUAAAUAAAUUAUCGUCACUAUAAAAAAAUAAGGAAAAAUGACGUGUGUUUUAUUAGGGAUGAGAUAACAGUGGACUUUACAAUGGAGGGUGGAAGUGUUUCCCAAUCUUUUCUUUCCACUAACACUUUGGGGCAGAUGGUUUAUGAGGAAAUUAUAGGCUUUGUCAUGAAGAGAAGGUUACAGUCUCAUUAGGGAAAUUUAGUCCUUCCUAUGUACUCUUUAAACUAAUUGUAAAAGGGUCACCUUUGAGAAGGAUCUAUUUCAAAGUGAGGGAAAGCAAGAUAGUUUUGAGCACUUUGUACUCAGUAAACGAUAGGAUCAGACUAGUGUAGAUGAGUUUAAGGUUUUUAACAAAGUGAAAUAGACGCUUAUGGUCAUAUUACUAUAGAAUAGUCAGAAGCCUUCAGUGGCUUCAUCUUUUUAAGGGACUAGUGAUUUUAAUUUUGGGUACUGGGUAUUGAACCUAAGGGUGCUUUAACUACUGAGCUACUUACCUAGCCCUUUAUCUUAUUUUUUUUUGAGACAGUCUUGUCAAGUUGUUUAGGGCCCUACUGAAUUGCUGAGGCUGGGCUAUAACUUGUGAUCCUCCUGCCUCAGCCUCCUAAGUUGCUGAGAUUACAGGCAGAACCCACUGUGCAUGGCAAGAGACUUGUUAUUAUUCUCAGUCAACCACACACCUAGCCCCCCUCCUAGAGACACAUACUCUAACCAACAUCCUUUCCCUCCAGGAGGAUUCCCUUAAUUGCUUUUUUAUGCCUCUGAAUCCUUAACAGCCUUAAAAAAAGGGUAAACAGACCACCAUUUACCAUUCCUUGUUUUCCUUUUUUUUUUGGUUGGGGGGGCAUUUAACUCAGGGGGUGCUUAACCAUUGAGCAAUAUCCCUAACUCUUUUGUUGUUUUAUUUUGAGACAGGAUCUCACUAAGUUUCUUAGGACUUCACCAAGUUGCUGAGGCUGGCCUUGAAUUUUUGAUCCUCUUGCUUUAGCUUCCUUGCUGGGAUUACACCCAUGUGCCACUAUGCCCAGGAUGUCUUAAUCUGCUUGGGCUCUUCUAGGUCCUUUUGCCUGUUAAAUCCAUUUUCUAAUCAUCAAUGCAGAGUGAUUUCUUUCCCUCUGGUUUGUAACUUAAUUUGACAAUGACUUACUGCCUCUGGUUUCACCUAUUAUAAAGCUGGAUCCUAGGUCUAGGACUGUUUUAUACUAUCAGACCAAUUCACAUAUUUUGUUAAUUUAUUUUGCAGUGCGGGGAAUUCAACCCAAGGCCUCAUACAUGCUAGGCAAGCUCUCUACCACUGAACUACAACUCCAGUCCCAGCAUACUGGUUUUUGAGUAUAUAUGUGAUUAGUGGUCCAUGAGAUGAAUUUCUGGGCAUUUAUACUUAAGUAGAAGAAAAUUUUUUUUUAUAGAUUUUCUUUGCUUAAAAGUUGGUGGAACUGGCUGGGUGUGGGAUUCUUAAAGUACUGUUUUUUAUUUGUUUUGGAUGGUGCUGGGGAUUGAACUUAGGGCCUCACAUAUGCUAUGAAUAUGUUCUUAUCACUGAGCUACACACUUAAGCUCCUCUAAUUAAAUUAGGUCAUUCUCACAAACAUUUCAGUACCAAUUUUGUAUUUUACUAUAUAGCUGCCUCAAAAUGGUUUCCAAAAUCUUGGCAACUUGUUGCUUUAGAGUUAUUUGCACAUCCAUAGUCAUAGCAUUAUUCAUGAUAGCCAAAAGUAGAAGCAACUUGACUUCUAGAUAUUCAUUAAGUAUCUGUUUCACCUACACAAAAGAUAAAAUACUUAAAAAAAUAUUUUGUAGUUGUUGACCUUCAUUUUAUUUAUUUAUAUGUGGUGCUGAGAAUCGAACGCAGUGCCUCACAUGUGCUAGGCAAGCACUCUACCACUGAGCCACAACCCCAGCCCCAAGAUAAAAUGCUUUUAAUGGACGUAGGUUCAAGUCUACAUAUAACUGGCCUCUUAUUUUUAAUGGAGACCAAAGCUUUUAGGACCUGUUAAUAACCCUCUUCUUUCUGCCACAUUGAGAAAAUUGGAUCAUGAAGAACAGGCAUAUAGAAACUAUGAAAUGGUAAAGUCAUAUAUUUUCAAAUCUAUGAAAUGCUUGUAUAUGUAGUUCACCUUGUUUAUUUCCUCAUUUUCUCUAGAAAUGAAAGGUUAUUUAGGGUUAAAAUUAAAAUCAACACAUAAUAAAGUUUAAUUUAAAAUUAGAUACAAUAAAGAGACUUCACUAUAGUAAAAAAUUAUUCUGUGAGUUACUGAAAUUGGAAAACAAUGUGGUAUGGGACAUACUUCACAUGUCACCUAAGUGGAUUAAUAUGAGCACAGUGGCCUCAGGGCUUGUCCAUUUUUGUAGCAUGUGACAUUUCCUUUUUUAACUUUCCUUUUUGAGGAUGAAAAUAGCACACUAUAUGUGUGUGUAUACAUAUUCUUAUGUGUGUAUAUAUGCAUGAUACAUAUAUAUAUGUACAUAUUUCACAUUUUGUCUCUUCAUUUGCUAGUGGACACUUGGGUUGCUUCUGCUUUUGGCUAUUGUGAAUAAUGCUGCUAUGACAAUGGAUGUGUUUGGGCCCCAUGGGAUCCCUGUGACAGUAUUUCCUAAAAGGGAAUAUAAGGAUAAACCGGAAGCCAGGCAGCUCCAAAGUAAUACAUUCCAAGAAGGGACAGAAGUCAAGGGUGAAGUGAAUGGUGCUGUUCCCAACGAUCCUUCUGUCCCACCUCCUGAGCUGAGUUUGGCUGAAAGCCUGUGGACUUCCAAACCACCACCUCUCUUCCAUGAAGGAGCACCUUAUCCUCCCCCUUUGUUUAUCAGGGACACAUAUAACCAAUCAAUACCUCAGCCUCCUCCUCGGAAAAUUAAGCGACCCAAACGAAAAAUGUACCGGGAAGAACCCACUUCAAUAAUGAAUGCUAUUAAACUACGACCCAGACAAGUCCUCUGCGAUAAGUGUAAAAACAGUGUUGUUGCUGAAAAAAAGGAAAUUAGAAAAGGUAGUAGUGCAAGUGACUCUUCUAAAUAUGAAGAUAAAAAACGGAGAAAUGAAAGUGUAGCUACUGUGAACAAAAAACUGAAAACUGACCAUAAAGUGGAUGGGAAAAACCAAAAUGAAAGCCAGAGAAGAAAUGCUGUGGUUAAGGUUUCAAAUAUUGCUCACAGCAGAGGCAGAGUAGUCAAAGUUUCUGCUCAGGCAAAUACGUCAAAAGCUCAGUUAAGUACUAAAAAAGUGCUCCAGAGUAAGAACAUGGAUCAUGCAAAAGCUCGGGAAGUAUUGAAAAUUGCCAAAGAAAAGGCACAAAAGAAGCAAAGUGAAACCUCUACUUCCAAAAAUACACAUUCAAAAGUCCAUUUCACUCGUCGAUACCAGAAUCCUAGCUCAGGUUCCCUUCCACCCCGGGUUCGUUUAAAACCACAGAGGUACAGGAAUGAAGAAAAUGACUCUUCUUUGAAGACAGGACUCGAGAAAAUGCGGAGUGGCAAGAUGGCACCCAAGCCCCAGUCUCGCUGCACCUCCACCCGCUCAGCAGGUGAGGCCCCUUCAGAAAAUCAGAGUCCCUCAAAAGGCCCUGAAGAGGCCAGCAGUGGGGUUCAGGACACAAGUGAAGUGCCUGUACCUGGUGAGCAGGAUGAACCACAGACACUGGGCAAAAAGGGCAGCAAAAGCAAUAUCUCUGUUUACAUGACCCUAAAUCACAAGAAAUCUGACUCUUCCAGUGCUUCAGUAUGUAGCAUUGAUAGCACAGAUGAUUUGAAAUCCUCCAACUCUGAGUGUAGCUCUUCUGAAAGCUUUGAUUUUCCUCCAGGCAGUAUGCAUGUACCUUCCACCUCCUCCACUUCCUCCUCUUCAAAGGAAGAGAAAAAGCUCAGUAAUUCCUUGAAAAUGAAAAUCUUUUCCAAAAACGUCUCUAAAUGCGUCACACCAGAUGGCAGGACCAUAUGUGUAGGGGACAUUGUUUGGGCCAAGAUAUAUGGCUUCCCUUGGUGGCCAGCCCGUAUUCUUACUAUAACUGUGAGCCGGAAAGAUAACGGCCUUUUAGUCCGACAGGAGGCCCGUAUUUCGUGGUUUGGGUCUCCAACAACAUCUUUCCUUGCUCUUUCGCAACUCUCCCCCUUUUUAGAAAACUUCCAGUCACGCUUUAAUAAGAAGAGAAAGGGCCUGUAUCGCAAGGCUAUCACAGAGGCGGCUAAGGCUGCCAAGCAGCUGACCCCUGAAGUGCGGGCUCUGUUGACACAGUUUGAAACGUGAACAUGGACAGUAAGGUAGGCAAGAACCCUUGGAAGGCACCACAGAUUUUCUAGUCUAGGAAUAAUUUCUACAAAAUAGCUUGGCCAAAUUGGAGAGAAAAAUUGCACUCAGUUGGCUGACUUUUUAUACUUACCUUAUAGCCAUUUUUAGACUGAGAAGCUUAAACUGAACAUGCAAUCAAAUUUUGUCUUCAGGAAGUGAGAUUUUAGCAGUAUUUUCCAAUUUUGAAAUCUAAAAACAUCCCAAGGCAUAGAAGCCAUAGCCUCAACUGAAACUGAAUUUUUUCAGGGACUGUUAAUUGCUAUUUGUACUAUCACUGUAUAUAUAUCUUCACAUAUAUAUAACAUUGCCUGUCACUAUGUGACAUAGGUUGCGUAUUUGGGAUUUAGUAAGGGCUGGUGACCUGGGGGCACAUUGUGGAUAUUUAAUGACUACUUUUUUUUUUUUUUUUAAACUAAAGAAAAUUAGUCUUUCUAUGCUCAUAAUGGUAUAAAAGUUUUGAUAUUUGGGUGUUUGACAAACUGAGAUGCUUGCUUUGACAAACUGAAUGCUUGCUAUUCAGUGACAUGCUGGGGAAAUAGCCCAGUAUUUGGGAUUAAAACUGUCAAGACUGGACAGGUUUGAGUCAUUGUUCUCCUUUGUGCAGUGGGGAUAUAACAGACUUUCAAGCUUCUGGUUUGGGAGCUUAGAUAGGUUUGGUUUUGGAUAUGUAAAUAGUUGAUUGCGAAAUUUGGUCAGAUUUCUCCUGACUGGCUGUUCCUAAAUUCUUAGGAUACGUCCCAGUAAAUUACACUUUGUGAAUUAAUUGUCAAAUGUGUAAUUGUUGCAUUUUGGAUGUACCUAAUUUGAUAAUUAAAAAAAAUUUCCAUUUAAGGUAUCUGUUUGCAGGUCAGAAAAUGAGAAAAUGUAAUUGUGUAAUGCUCUGAAAUGUAAAAAAAAAAAAAAUACAAACAAGAAAACAAAACCAAAAAAAUCUGUAAAUAAAAUCGACUAAAUCCAAAUUAUUUGUGUGUGUUUCUCAAAAAGCUUUGAAAUAUUUCAAGAUGGUUUGCCCUAUCAGGGAAUACACUAUCUGAGAAUAGGUGAAAUUCAGAUAAGAGAUCAAUCCAGUACACUCUUAAUGUGAGGUUUUAUAGUCUGGAGGUCUGAUGUGCUUCUAGAUUUGAUACUCCCCUCCCACCAAGUUCUCAAAUGUAUAGGUUUUAAUAUUUUCCUUUUUAGCCGUAAUAUUUCACUACAUGGUUAGUUUCUAAGGAAUUAGAACCAGUCUCAUUUGGGGAUUAGAACCAGUCUCUUUUCUGUUUGAUCUUCUGCCUCAGGUGCCACUGCUUUUUGCUGGUAACUUACUUAGCUUGCUAUUUUUCUAAAUGUUCUAUCUGUCCCUGAGAUUUGAUCUCUUAUUUUGCAGUUUUAGCUUUGUACUGUUAGUGAAAAUAUAUAUCUGAUUGCCUGUGAAGGCAAGUUUAUCCCAACAUUUUAAAAGUUGCUUAUAAGAGUUGCGUAUAAAUUUUAAGUGUGAUAUAAUUUCAAUUCAACACUUUUAGAUACUUGAACCUUUAAAAGGGCAAUUUUUCAUGUAUUUCUAAAUAAUCCAGUUUGAAAUGUGUCAAUUCAACACUUUUGGAAACUUGAACCUUUGAAGGGCAAUUUUUCAUGUAUUUCUAAAUAAUCCAGUUUUGAAAUGUGUUAGUUACUAUGAAAUUAAUAAUGAUUAAUAGAGAUUGGAGAUCUAUAGUCUCCUGUCAGCUUCCUUAAGGUCAUGAACUUCUUUGAUUAAGUACCAAUUUCUGCAAAAGCAAGUAGAAUUUCUUCUGGGGAAUUUUAGUCAAUGCUUUUUGAUUCUAAUAAACACACAAUUAAAAAAAAAAGAUUUCACUUUAAAAGCAUAUUCUUUCCUGCAAACAGAAACAACUACUAUAGAAUUUUUUUAUUAUAACAGGUUGAAGGAAGUUCACAGUGUUGGAGAGGUUAUAAAAAUUAUCUUUAAAUAUUUUUUGAGUAUCUUUCAGAUUAUUGAACUUUUUCAUUCAGGUAUUUUUAAACGUUUGAAUAUAAAGACAAAUUUAAACAAAAGUCACUUAAAGUAUGUUAUCUUAAGGCUUUGUAAUGAACUGGGUUUUAUCAGAAUAGUGAUUUUGAAAGUGGAUAUUGCUAAUACAGUCAGGUACUUUGACAAAUAUGCUUUUGUGGCUUAAACCAUAUUUGGUUUGUUUCAGAAGCCAUGGGGAAAAAGAAAAAACUCAUGAUUGUAGAGUACAAAACUAACAUUCACUUUUGUAGUUUAUACUAUUGAGGAAAAGGUUGAGGCAUAAUAACAAAUGUACAUGAUUUAGUUAUGUCAAAUAAUCCCUCGAUUUAAAUUUACAGUCUGGUGUGUUUCACUAUACCUCUCAGUAGGGAGGGACAAGUUUUAGAGAAUUCCUGUAAUCUUAAAAUAUAUAUUCUAAACACUAAUAAUCCAAUAGCUGAUUAUUAAAGUGUUGUAUUCAAAUAGAAAUGUCUUAGAUGAAUCCAACCAGUAUCUACUGCAGAUAGAGGUAGAGUUGAAUUGGAUAAUUAUAGCCAUUUUUGCAUUUCUGUUAGAAGUGCUAAAGGUGCUUUUUUAAUGGAGAUAAUCCAACUGGAUAUUUUUUCCCUUUAAAUAGAGAAAAAGUAGGGUUACAUCAAGUUUCUAGUGGUCUAAGAGAAGUGGCCAAAACAAAGGAUAAGCAAGGGGAGAAACACAGUGAAAUCAGAUCUUUGAAAACUCAAAAAUCAUCAAAAAUUGAAAGCAUCAGAUUUUUCCCCCCUUUUUUUCCUGAAACUUAUAGACCAGAAAGCUUCUUGGUAAUUUUGAAGGGACAUCUGCUCAACUCUCAUUUACAGAUGUGGAACCAGAAAUGUAAAAGAUGGGGAAACUAGGAUUCACUAGUCUGUAUGUCCUUAAGUGACUUUGAUGGGAAAAAUUUCUAAGUAGAUAGUAAUUGUAGCUCAGUACUAAGUAUAUGAAUAGAUAGGAAUUUAGAGAUGAUACUUACUGUAGGCAAAGAACAUGGAACCAUAUUAAAAUCAACCAUAUUACAUAUCUUCAUUUGUGGGUUUGGGCUUCUAAAUUACAAACUAUUAAAUUGAAUUUCAGCUGAGUGUCAUGGUAUGUGCUUAUUAUCCCAGCUACUUGGAAGGGUGAAGCAGGAGAAUUGCAAGUUUUGAGGCCAUCCUAGGCACUUUAGUGAGACCCUAUUGUGAAAAGGGCUAGAGAUGUAGCCCAUUGGUAGAUCACUUAUAUAGCAUACGAAAAAAGGUUCUGGAUUCAGUCCCUAGUACUGCAAGAAAAAAGAAAGAGAAACUGAAUUUCACCUCUAUAUAGAGAGGCUGUACCUUCCUGAAAUUAAUUAUGUUGAAAGGAACAUAGAUAUUUAAAAGAUUGCAAGGUGGCCAGUUUGCCUUUUUACUGAAUAACUGAAUAGGGAAUUGCAAAUAAAAAAUCUGUAAUUUGGAUUUAAAAUUAAGUUUUUCUAUUUUAAGUUGUGAAUGUUCUAUGGUUUGUGAUGCAUUGGUUCCAUUUGUUAUUACUUUUAGCAGACUAGCAAAUUUCUAGAGAAGUCAAUAAUAUUUUAACUCAAGGAUUUAUGUCCAGUGAUGGCCCCCAAUAGGGAAUUUGACUGAACGAAGACCCAUUUUCUAAGUCAGGGGAAAUCAGGUUUUGCUUUGGGACUGUACUAAUUAUACCUGUUAAGACAAUAUCUAUUAGAAAUGCCUAAUACAGGAACUCAGAAUUAGGUGGGGCCAUCCAACUGCCAGGAGAAGGUAAACAGCUAAGCUGUAUUGAUCUUACCUGAUCUAAGUAAUGAGGCUCUUCAUAUUCUGCUUUUGUGUACACUUAAUUGUGUUCCUUCUUCAAGCUUGCAUUGAAUUGAAAAGUGGAAGCAUUUGCAGUUUGCAUUUCUGUUGUUAUUCUGAAUAAGAAAUAGGAAGUUUAAAGUUAUAGUGAUAUAGAUGAUUUAUAUUUUAGUUUUGUAAGGUAUCUUUAUACCAUGGAUAACUGACACUAAGAUUGAAAUGACUCUUUGUUUGAUCUUCACUCAAGUAAAAAACAAUAUUUUAUCAUUUUACUUUUUGCAGUUAUAGGUAUGGAACCCGGGUUCUUACCCUGAGCUUAUUCUCCCAGCCAAGACUUAACAUUUAUAUAGAUCCAAACAGAUUUUCCUUGUUGGAUCAAGUCGAAAUAGUGUUUUAAUAAAGCAUUGCAGUUUUUUGGUAUUUAAAAAAUUGUGCUUAAAUAGGCAUAAUGUAAAAUUUACCAUUGAACUCAGGAGCACUCAACCACUGAGCCAUCCCCAACCCUGUUUUGUAUUUUAUUUACAGUCAGGGUCUAACUGAGUUGCUUCGUGUCUCCCUUUUUGCUGAGGCUGGCUUUGAACUCGGGAUCCUCCUGCCUCAGCCUCCUGAGCAGCUGGGAUUACAGGCAUACGUCACCAUGCCUGACUCUAAAUUUACCAACUUAAAAUCAAUUUUCUUUGUACAGUUUUAUGGUAUGAUAUAUAUUCACAUUGUUGUGCAACCAUCACAACUGUCCAUCAGUAAUUUUUUUUUUUUUUUUGUACUGGAAAUUGAACCCUGGGGACUUUACAACUGAGCAACAUCCUUAGCCCUUUUUAUUUUUUAAUUUUGUGACAGGGUUUUUCUGUUCCCCAGGCUGGCCUUGAACUUAAUGAUCCUUCUGCUUCAUCCUCCCAAGUAGCUGGGAUCACACACCUGGCUUUUGAUAGAAUCUUUAAAUUUGCAGUAAUAUUGUUCUAGAGGGUAUUGGAAAUUAAGUCAUAGGACUCACCCGUUUUCUGGGGAGGUCAGCGCUGUAAUUGGAUUAAGCUACUGGUAGUGCCAGCCUUCCAGGAUUCAUUCCUGGUCCACUUGUAGCCCUGUGCAAGGAAAUGUUGCCCCAAGUGCUAAUGGUGCCCCACUUUCAAAACUACAUCUUGGUAGAAUUUCUAGGUGAAUAAAUGUGAUUGCAUCUACCUAUCAGGAGUAGGUUUUAAUUAAAACGGUCCCCUUCCAGUAAUAAGGACAAUUAUUGGACAAUUUUUAUGAAUGUGGAAAUAAGUUAUUAGUAAUUAAAUUAGAUUACUAGCCCAUCAUACUUUUGUCAUAUUCAUUAUUCAUAUACUGCUUUCUUUAAUUUAUUCACUUCCCCCUUUGUAUGUGAGUAGUUAAUAGAAAACAAAUAAUGCCUUGCCAUACAUAAUGUUUAACUUUAAUAAAGUUCUGUGAUCAUCUUUUGUACCACAAUUUCAUAGGAGAUACUGAAUUAAUUUUUAUAUUGAAAUCCAGCUUGGGAUGGACUGAGUCAAAUUUCAGUGAUUUUUUUUUUUUUUUUUUAAUCCCUGAAAUAUCUAAUUGCUGAACCUUAAUUUUUUCAUAUAGAUUUCAGCAUUAUUCUGUGAGGAGGGGUAAAGAUGAGAUAUUGUAAACUCAAAAGUCAAUCAUCAAAUACUGAAUUUCUGAGUCAGUUUCAUUUUUCAAUUGAAAAACAUAGGUGGCUAUAAUGGAUGUUGUCUGACUUAGUGGGCCUUCUUUUAUUGAGUUCACCUUUUCUUUUUUUUUCUUUUUUUAAAUUUUUAUUGUUGGUUGUUCAAAACCUUACAUAGUUCUUGAUAUAUCAUAUUUCACACUUUGAUUCAAGUCGGUUAUGAACUCCCAUUUUUACCCCGUAUACAGAUUGCAGAAUCACAUCAGUUACACAACCAUUGAUGUACAUAUUGCCAUACUAGUGUCUGUUGUAUUCUGCUGCCUUUCCUAUUCUCUACUAUCCCCCCUCCCCUCCCCUCCCCUCCCCUCUUCUCUCUCUACCCCCUCUACUGUCAUUCAUUUCUCCCCCUUGUAUUUUUUUUCCCUUUCCCCUCACUUCCUCUUGUAUGUAAUUUUGUAUAACCCUGAGGGUCUCCUUCCGUUUCCAUGCAAUUUCCCUUCUCUCUCCCUUUCCCUCCCACCUCUCGUCCCUGUUUAAUGUUAAUCUUCUUCUCAUGCUCUUCGUCCCUACUCUGUUCUUAGUUACUCUCCUUAUAUCAAAGAAGACAUUUGGCAUUUGUUUUUUAGGGAUUGGCUAGCUUCACUUAGCAUAAUCUGCUCUAAUGCCAUCCAUUUCCCUGUAAAUUCUAUGAUUUUGUCAUUUUUUAAUGCAGAGUAAUACUCCAUUGUGUAUAAAUGCCACAUUUUUUUUUAUCCAUUUGUCUAUUGAAGGGCAUCUAGGUUGGUUCCACAGUCUUGCUAUUGGAGUUCACCUUUUCUUUGUAAAACAAUUUCAUAAAGCUUUGAUGUUGAAAACAGGCCAUUCUUAAAACUUAGUUUAAACAUGAAUUAAAUAUUUUUCUUCAAAUUCCCAAUUAUUUGGUAAGGUCUCUUAAAUAAAUUGAAAACAAUUGUCAUUUAAAUAUAGAGCUUUUCCUUAUAGAAUGUGACAGUUGCCACUUUAUGUUGCUUAGAAAUCUGACUCUUAAUCAGAAACCACGAUUAAAACUCAUGGUCAUUCUGUACUGGUGUCGGUAUCAAGAAGCAAAAACAAGUACUCCUUAGCUGAAGUGUUAGGUUUUUAUGAUCACACACCACCUCCCCGCCUUUUUUUUGAAAAUUAAAAACCUUGUCUUUAUAAUAAUUCAUAGCAAGUUUUAGCAAGAGUGUCUUUUCCUUUUUUUAAAAAAACUAUUUAACAUAGUUUUGUUACACUCAGUGCAUCCUGCUCAGUUCUUUCAGCCCAGAGAUUCACUUAAAAGCUGUUGAAAACCCUAGGAGUAUAGUUUUUCCCCACAGGUAAAAUAUAUUAGAAGUUUUUGGUUGCCUGAGGAGAGUGUUUUUGUAGAAAUAUGGGAGUGUCAUCCAGCUGAUUGUAAGAUAUACAAGCGGGUCCUUAUGAGUAUACAAUUUGCCAGUGAUGCAGGUAAGCUGGAGCAUUAUCAGUUUUGCAUCAGUAGCGUGUGGUAGCAGGCUUUUAUUGAGCAAAGAAUCAUCUCUUUCACUUUUUAGAUAUGUGGUCGAAAGUACAAGCUUCUGAGCCUGAUAGCAUAGAUUCACAACUUGACAAGUCAGGCAAGUUACCUCAGUAUCAUCAUCUGUGAAAUGGCAGAAUAAUAGUAACUCUUCUUAAGGUAAUGGUGAGAAUUUAGAUAUUUAAAGCACUAGAGAAGUGCCUGGCACAAGACCUACAUAAGUACUUCCUAUCAUUAACACCAUCUUUGUGUAAAUGGCAGAGAAAUUUCAUUCUGAUGGUUUUUGAUAACUAUUUUUUGUGACAUACAUUCAUUUUAAAUGAAAAAAUGUUAUUUAGGUUUCAAUAAUCAGUGUGAUUAUUCCAGUCAUCACGGUAUGAUUAUUCACAGAUUUCUAGAAGUAGCAUGAACUCACUGAUUUUAACUGGCAUUUGAGGAGGGUAGGUAGGUUGGAGGUCACAGGACACCAUGAUGAAAACUCCUAUUUAACUCACAUUAGCAUGUUUUUACUCUUCAUGUAACAUACUUCACUCACGUAUGUAACUCCCAUUUCCACUCUGUGGCAAGCACAGGGCGUGGCGUGAUUAGAAAUGAUCAUCUACUUAUGUAUGGAUAGGAUAUGUACUAACAACUGAUCACCACCUCCCAUGGCCUGUACCUCCCAAAUCCUUCCCCUGGCUCUGAGAAGACUGAGCUCCUUGCAUGAAGCUCCUGUCAGAGCUUGACAAUGACAAAGGUGUUAGAACCACAAAGCUAUACCUGUCAGAUUUUAAGUAACUGUGGAUUUGCACAGAUGUUGUGUUCCCUUGGGACCUUGGCAUUUUGUUAUUUUAAUGUUUUGGUGAGCAGUAAGCAGUGGAUAUUAAUUUGAAAAAAUUGCGUGGCUACUGGUUUGAUUGAGAAGGAAGCUGUUUCCCUUCCCAGGAGGGAUAUACUUAACAUUUCAAGGCCAAGAUUUAUGUUUCAUGGCCCUAUUUUCCAAAGGAUAGUCAUUUUUACCCAUGGUUCAUUUUUGAGAUGUUGUUGAUUACAAACCUAUGAUUUCUCCCAGUUUAGAUUUUAACAAGGAAUUUUGCAGGGAGUGGCGCAUCUAGGUGUGAGUCCUGGUGUGCUGGGAAGAACUAUGUGCAGUUUGUCCAAAACUAGAAAAAUAACUGGUUAGAAAAAGAGCACUAAGGCUAGAAAACCAGAAUGUCUUGUAAAAUGAGGUACUAUUUAUUCAUUUCCGGUUCUUCUGUGUUGCAUCCCCUUGUAUUAAAAUCUAUAUUGAGUGUUUAGUGAACUAAUAGGUACAUGUGUAUAAUCUUAAUCGUUGAGUUUUCAAUGCUGGACUUUGCACUGAGAGCAUGACCUCUUCUACUUCCUUCUUUCACUCCAAAAGGGGGAUUGACUGUUGACACCCUGUUCUGAUUUGUGCCUUUAGAUCUCUGCUGCCUCCCAGGAAUAGGGCCUUCGCAGCAGCUUUCUCUUAAAGGACCAAAUGAGGAACUUCCAGGGAAAUCGUGCCUUCCAGGGGGGUAUCCCUCCUUUCACUGCGUCACAGCCAGGCUCCCUGGCUCUUCCUAACGCAGCUCCUGCAUGGUGAUGAAUUUCUAAAGAGAACAUGGAGACCCUGGAAGCAUUGAAGGGAAACUCACGUUAAAUAUUAGCACCAGACUCACAAGCCAGGCGCUGUGGAGGGGACUGGCAUAUUGAUAUUUUAUAUAGCAUUCCAGGAGCUUGCCAAAGAGGAAAUAUAUAGGAGAAGAUGAGAUAGAUCAUUCUUUGAUGUAUCUUAGCUCCCUGCUUUAGAAUCAAAAAACAGAUUCUUUAGAAUGAUUGUUGGAACCUAACAGAAGUUUUACUUAGGGACAGUUUCCAAAGAGAAGUCCUCUAGUGCAUUCAGAUUCCUUUUUCUUACAUGAUUACUGGGUCAUAGUUAUAGUAUAUUUAAUUUUUCCCUUGCAAAAUAACCUCAUUAUUAAACCUCAUUUAAAAAUCGUUUUCAUCUAGAUUAAAACUCAGAGAUAAUUAUAUUUAAACCUUAGGUAUAUACAGGAUUUUUCCUUUUCAAUGUCAGAAAGCCCUUUUAAAAAACUUUUUAUCAUAUGUGACUGCUUCUGAUUAGAAUCUUAAAACUAUCUAAAUCAGUGACCCUUGAGUUGAGUACACUGAAAUGACAGGUGAAUUGAUUCUUAUUUGUACUUAAUCUAGGGAAGAGGAGGUAAGCAAACAAGCAAAUAUGUUAAAUGAAAGCUUAAAAGACCAGUCCUUCAUUGGAAUUAUGCUUAGUAUUUGGAGUCUCUGUUGUGAAAGCUGAGGUUUAACUCAUCAUAACUGCUAUUUUUCAACCAGUUAUCACCUCAUAAAUGUUAGGUCCUGAAUAGUAUGCAAGGUGGUCAUCCCUGUGGAAGGAAAAGGGGCUUAAGAUGAUGGAAGGUCUUCUGGAAACAGGUCUUCAGAGUUUGUGAAUGAUGUGAUACGAGGGAGGAUACUGCAGACCUUGUUGAAGAUCAGAAUUGCCCCAACCCUAGGCUAGGGUUAGCAGUUACUUUUUUGGGGUCAGGAACAUUAAAUGUGAGUCCCCUUUUGCUUCUAAGUUUUCUUGGAGGGCAGCAUAGUUAUGUACCCCUGGCAUUUUGCUGCUGCUUGGACUUGAGCUGGAGUGUGCCCCCUCCUGGCCGAGGCUAGUGUGUCUGCUCGGCUCUCAAGUCUUGUAGUAUCAAAGCUUCGCAUUCUGUGAAGCCAGCAGUUUAUCCAGAAUACAUUCAUUAUGAAAAUUCAACUGAAUUUUGGUCUUAUUUUUAAAUUAUUUUUUUUUGUAAAAUAGAUGAAAAAGAACUCAAAUGACUGCUCUAUUUUUGUUAACUUGGUUUUUU